CGGGCGCGGGCGGGAAGUUCGCCCCUCCGCGCGGCCUGGCGCAGACUUGGCGGGAGCCGCAGGCUCGGCUCGGCUGGCGGACGCGGGUGGCCAUGGUGCCCCAGCCUGCCCACUAGCCAGGCCACCAUGUCUCGUGAGGCUGGCUCGUGCCGCAUGGGCACAGGGGCGAGGGCGAGGUCUCGGAAGCCCAAGAAACCUCACUACAUCCCCCGGCCCUGGGGCAAACCCUACAACUACAAGUGCUUCCAGUGCCCCUUCACGUGCCUGGAGAAGUCCCACCUGUACAACCACAUGAAGUACAGCCUCUGCAAAGACUCCCUCUCGCUGCUGCUGGACUCCCCGGACUGGGCCUGCCGCCGCGCACCCUCCUCACCCAGGCCCCGAGUGUCUACCCCUGAUGGUUCUGGGGAUCCCCCCAACCGUGGCAGGCAGCCCACCAUGCCUGACCCCAUGGUCACUGAUGGCCUUUCCCGGCGCCACUGUGGUGGGGGCCCUAAGCCUGGGUCUGAGGGGUCUCCAGAGCCACUGCCCACUCUGACCAGGGCUGCCAGGAAGGGACCUGGCCCUGGUGGGCUCCUGGUGGAGUCCUGGAAGCCAGGGCUGGGCAGUGGCCCAAGAAGCAUGGCCAUGGGGGCUGUGGCCUCAGCAGGCCCUGAGAGCAGUGUCCCCUGCUACCCACCACCCACCCGGGCUGAGUUCCCAGAGGCCCAGAGUAUCCACCUCUCACUGCUGGGUGUCAACUACCCUCUAGGCCCUGGCUUGUUCUCCUACCUGGGUCCCUCACUGGCUGCUGCUGCCCACAUGCCCUUCCUGGCCUCAGCCAGUCCCCUUCUGCCCCCUGCUGCCCCCUUCCCAUCCCCACAGUCCCCUGAGCAGGCUGCUCUCGCCCCUCGUCUGUACUAUCCUCUGCUCCUGGAGCAGAGUCUGGGGCUGCCAGCAGGCAGGGCCAGCCAUACCAAGCCCUCUGUGCCCCCAAAGGGACCCUCUGGGACUCUGGCUCCUGGGCUGCUAAAGGUGCCCAUCCCAGGGCUGGGGGGGACCUGGCCCCAUGGCACCCCCAGGGACCCAGGGCAGGAGGGAGACCCCCAGAGGCAGCUGCCCCUGGGGAGCAGGCUGGAGCUCCUGAAGGCCUCCUCAAGUUUGGCAAAGUUCAGUUCCCAGACCAGCCUGCCGUCAGGCUCCUCCCUGAUGCUCUGGCCUGAGGACAAGGAGCUGGGUGACCUCGAGGUCCCCCUCGCCCAGCAGUCACAGGCCCAGGUGCUGGGAAGCCCAGGACCUGUGGGUGAGGACCUGACCCGGGCCCUUGGCGACUAUGCCAGGGUGGAACAGUGCCUGGGGCAGUUGAUGCCUGUGGGGGACCUGGCACCCCGACCUCUGCGGGAGCAGCUGGGCAAGAUCCGUCAGGAGCUGCUCACCAUCCACCAGGCACUGGAGCGGGCAGCACGGCCACUGGACACACCCCUUGACCUCUCUGUGAAACGGGUGCCUGCCAAGGGACCUGCAGCUGCAGUGGGGGCCUGGGGACUGCCUGAGCUGGGCCCUGCAGUGGCAAGGGGGACCCCUGAGACCCCCAGCAUGCUAGGCCACAUGGCGCCUGAGCCCCUCUCCGGCCACACCACCAAGUGUGAGGCAGACUCCAGUGUCCCACCCCCUGGCCUCCCCCUCCAGGCCCAUGAAGACCCUGUCAUUCCUGGCAGUGGCUGGGGCACUCAUGCCCGGGCUGGGGGUUCCCAGACCCCUAAGGAUAUCCCUAUCCUGCAGAACACUCCAGGUGCGAGCUCUGACCACAACCACUAAGUGUGAUAACCCUGCCCCUGCCCUGGGCCCCCUGCCUGGAGCCUGUCCAGCCUGUGCAUGUGGACAGACCCUGGCAGCCUGAGACUGAGGCUGUCUCUGGGGCAAUGUGAGAAUAGCAAGGUCAUGGUUAUUUAUUGAUCACAGUUGCAGA